CAGAACAUAGUGACGAUGAUAGGAGCUGGAAUCAGCACUGCAGCUGGAAUUCCAGACUUCAGGAGUCCCGGGUCUGGACUCUAUAAUAAUCUGGGAAAAUACAAUCUGCCUUUUCCACAGGCCAUGUUCGAGAUACACUAUUUCAAGAGACACCCUGAGCCGUUCUACGACAUAGCGAGACAGCUGUUGGACAGGGAAUUCAAACCCACCAAAGCGCACAUGUUCAUCAAGUUACUGGCAGACAAGGGACUGUUGCUGAGGAACUACUCGCAGAAUGUGGACUCAACUUGA